AUGGCGUUCCAAUCACAGAAAGCUGUUCCAAACCCCAAAGAGAUACCAAUUAUCAAAGCCCUGCAAAGUCCACAGCGUUUCCCUGAAUGCAACAUUCUAUUAGCGUCAUCUGGUGCAAUUGCAUCUCCGAAUCGGGACAAUCUGGUUCGACCUUCUUCACAUAUGUGGCAAUUAUUUGAUAUUGAAAAAACAGAUAAAAAAUCCAAGGCUGUGUGUAAGUUUUGCUGUUUUAAAUACGCCUUUCCAAACGCAACUCGCAUGACGAAUCAUAUAUUAAACCAAUGUUCAAAAUGUCCUUUGGAAAUUAAACAAAAAUAUGGCAAUGAAAUACAAUCGAGUUCGAAGUCUUCGACGUCAGAAGAAAAAGAAAGUAACAAAGAUAUCCGGCUAGAAGCAUUAGAAGAUACCAGUCUCCCUUCAACUAGCAAAAAGGACGCGUCAUCAAUGUCAUCAUCUUCCGAAUCUCCAUUACCAUCAGUAAAACGCAAGAAAGCCAGCUGCCAACAAACAUUGAGCGGGUUUUUCGAUAAAAUAGCUGUAUCAGAGUCUUCUCAAAUUGAUGAGGCAUUAGCUAGGGCUCUUUAUGCUUCUGGUGCUCCUUUUUCUCUUUUCAAAAUAAAUAUUGGCGACAGAGAGUCGGAGUCAAAUUGCUCCCGUCUCAAAGGCGGAGGCUUAGUUUUGGUCGGUGUCGAUGUCUUCACGCCAUCUGACGCGUUCAACGCCUGGCAGAACUCCAACUCUUCCUUAUCUCCGAAUAAGUUCCUGCGACACGGUGGCGGGUACUCCCAAGGCGUACGAGGAGUUUCCUCCAAAGCCGCGUGA